UCCAUAGACCACCAUUUCUUCCUUGGGUCUUCUUGCUGUUUCAUCAAUCGUUCCUAAUUUCGAAGUUCCACAUUACAAUUCCCAUCUCAAAACUCUUGUGCUUGCUUAAGUUAGCCCUCAAUGACAUUGUUAUACCAGCCCAUCUCAAGAACUUUUGGGCAGCGAGAUGGCUGCCUUACGCCUGUGAAUAAUCAAGAUGACAAACGUUCAAGCUUGAAGUCAAUACAAAAUUCGGCGAUUUCAAACACUCUCUCGUCUGAUUUCAGCUCCACCCAUAAAAUCAUAUCGCCACCAUUAUCGCCUUAUCAAAGAGAAAGCUCUUCGCAUGAUGCGAAUGACGAUAUAGAUGCGGCUUCUGAUACCGAACACUAUCUUGCGAGCAACAAUCCAUUCAAGAUUGAAAACUUCAAGAGUUAUUCCAUGACUGUAGAUCCAUGGACAAAACUAGACUCUCGGUACAAACAGAGACAGCUUGAUUUCUUGAGCCAAUAUUCUUUUGAGGCGCCUCGUGUGGUGUACCUGCACGUUCUGCGACUUUCCGAGAGAAGAGUUGAGAGAAGAAAGAGAGUAGCGCAGCCUACUAGCUCAGACUCAGAAUCAGACUCCAUAGGGGUCAGAACUCGGAAACAUGCCAAAGAGAGUCAUGCUGAAGUCCUCACAAAAGAAGUUGACGCUGAUGUGCAUUCUUCGCCACCGCAAAAAAAGCGCAAAGUAAGAAAAGAGGCAUCGUAUGCCGGUUCGCCUUUGGCAGCUCAGCAAGCCGCGUUGAUUGAUGAGUCCAUUCCAGAUUAUUCUCCUGACGCCCAUGCAACUUUGCCCAAAGGCAAUACCCGCGCUCUUAAAAUUGAGUGGAAGGGCCAGCCCAUGGACCUACGCAAUGAUCCAAACUUGGACAAGCUACAUCCCGCAGAGGUCGUAUUGGCAUCUACGUUGAGAUUACGUUGCAAUGUUUUCCUUGAUUCCAAGAGACGAUUCUUUUACGAAAAGGUCAACCGUUUGCGCAACAACAUGCCCUUCAGAAGAACGGACGCCCAGAAGGCUUGUAGAAUUGAUGUGAACAAGGCCAGCAGACUCUUUGCAGCUUUCGAAAAGGCCGGGUGGUUGGAUGAUAAACACUUCGAAAAGCACCUUUGAGUCGUGCUCACUUUCUGAAGACUUCAAACUUUCAUUCAGUUCUAUCUACGGUUUAUUUUGUGCAGCCUGGUUUGGAAGGUCACUGUGAUUUAUUUGUUUAAUUUUUCUUCGUUGUAAUUUUGCACCUCCAGCAAAGUCAGACUUUCUGCUGGAGAUCCAUUACGCUAUUUGGUUUAUAUUCUUUUAUCUAUUGGUU